AUGUUGGAGACACGUCAUAGGAAACCAGAUUUUGACCCGGUGACAAACGAUCGAUGGUGAGAACUCUCUUUCAUCGAUCCGAGACGGUUACGUUAUUACGGAAGACAAUGCAAGGACAAGGAAUAUUGAAUUGAAACAUCUUAAAUCAGUCCUUCAAGACAACAGCUACAAACAGUGGAUGUUUAGAAUCUCGCCAAAGACAGGUACAAAAUUAAAGGUAAAGUCGUCUCCGAUAGUGCUCAAAGUGUCUCACUUCGCUACGUGCAAGGAGUUUCAGAAAAGCUAACAAAAGUUUUCAAAAAAUAAGGAGUUAGCACAUUCAACAAGCCUUUUUACACCAUCUGGCAGCAUUUGCAGAGGCGGAUCCAUCCAGGGGAGGUGUCCGGCUGUACGCAAGUUCCUCGCAAUCUACCGAGACGUUUUGUCACGCGAUUCACAGUGUAAAUCACGUGACGUAACGCCUAAAUCUAUCCCAUGACAAAGAUUGCGCGAGGGAAUCGAAAGCUGGGGGGGAAACGUUUUUUCCUAUCCUGUAAAUUGAAUAAUCGUUUAUUAUAUCACAAUGACAGGAUUAAGUAACUCUUUUGUCGCUAAGAGGUACCAAGGAACAUUAGACAACUUUGGAAAACGACAGCCAUUUCCCGGGUUAUUUAUUUUCAGAAAGCGUGGACUACACGAAUUGGACUGAACAAAGCACAGACCAAAAAAUCGCUUUGUCAACCGCCGGAAUAGGCGGCUUCUUUUCUCUCUUAGUCCAGAUGCACUACCAUUAAGCUACAGGAGUCUCUAGGGAUAUAAGACCACCUCAGUGGCAGAUCCAGGGGAGGAGCCCGGGGAGUCCGGUUCCCCCCCCCCCCUAUUUUUAGACCAAACUGAGGCCCGAAGGGCCGAAAAAAAAAUUUUUUUGAGACCGGGGACCCACUUAUCUUAGGGUCUGGAUGACCGCCCACCCCCUUAUCUGAAGGUCUGGAUCGACCACUGCACCUAACUGUUGUGGGUUCAUGUGACAAACAUCCUGCAUACUACUAUGACUGAAAUGUUGAUAUGUGCUUACGAGCAAUGGUAGAAAUGUGAUGACUGACUGAAAACUCAUCUUUCGCAGGAAGAAACUUUUAAAGGUACUACAUUUCAAACGCUACGCUGGCUAAUUUCUUCUCGGUCUUUUUUCACUCAAGAAAAUUGAGGCAUGGGUCUUCUAUUUAAUUCCUCAAAAACGGGGGGGGGGUGGUCUCUAACUUCUUAAGCUUUCAAUAUAGCACAUAACAACUUCAGGACAGUUUUCCUUGGUAUAAGUUUAAUAACUUUGAAUGAUGAUUGGAGUCACUAAUUGUCACGUGACCUAUUAAGGCUAUUUUUAGCACAAAAAUCUAUUUGGCAAUAUGGCACCACUUUUAAUUACUUUUCGGAAGUUGCAGUUAUCGUCAUAGUUAUGUGACUAGCGGGUACAUUAGUUCUGUGUCCGGGCCUUUUAAGUUUAUCUUUUAGACAGGGACGAAAUUCGAAAAUCGUUUGAUAAGAGGACUGGGUACUAGUACAAAAUGCAAAAUUCCGUUUAUUUACACUUUUAAAAAGUUAUUCAACAAAGCCUGGGCGCAGAUGUUUAGUAAUUCAUCUAGGGACAUUUUUGGUUGCAAUUUCUUUGAUUGACUGCUAUUAUAAAAUGGUACCAUUUCUAAUUUAAGUUUUUUUCGCGUAAAAAUGGCCGUUAAGGGCCACGUGGCCUAACUUACAUAUUUUUUACUCGGAAUCGCAUAAACUUUUGAGAGUCACUAUUUUACUCAAGUUUUGUCGCUAUAGGCCUUAAUCCUCAAAAUUUUGACCACCCCUCGACUUUUUGAGGGAAAUUGAAAAAAACCGUCCACUCAGAAGCACUUCAAACGAUUUGAUCUUUUCGCUUUCAAUAUGCCAGAAGAGCCUCCCGGAGCACAACAAUUUAAUAUAUAAUUAAAGGCCUCAUACUGAAACCUGGAGCUCGACUGGCUACGCCUGCAAGUCAAGAAGCUAAGGCCAGAUUAGAUUUUACAAACUGUUUUAUUAUAUAACUUAAGUCAUUUUCAUGUCUAAAACCCGAUCCGCCCUAAAGUCGUGGAACUCAUGCUCAAGUCGAGCCCGAUCUUCACUUUAUCGACAGUAGCAGGACGUUUGAAGCGGGGACUAAUAAUGGCGCUUUCGAUGUUCUGCGUAAAAGCUUUUGCCGUUUGCCAAAACGUGCCAUCCUUGCUUUUACCAAAAAAAUAUCUUAAAGAGAAAAUGAAGUCGUUACUUUUUCUACGAGUAUGCGUACUUGGAUUUAUACAAAAAGGAAAUUUUUGAUAUCACUGUUUUUGCAAUUUAACCUUGCAUUGUCACAACGUACAGGAACUUUCAGGUUUUACCACUUUGUUUAUCUGCUGUGUCAUCGGAAGUACCUUAUUGUUACGGCUAUGACGUUGUAAUUUCUGUGUUUACCCGCCGUUCUUUCUUCGUUUCACUUCAGUUGCACAAAAGUUUACAACAAAGAAUUCAACUUAUUUACAUACACGAAUGGAACAUGAGAGAUAAGGCCAGGGCUUGCUUGUUAAGGAGAGAAAUAUAAAUGUUGAUACUUCUUAGGGUACUCAGUCCCACUUCCGGGUAAAAAUAUACACUGCUUGAGCCCUUUUUCGAUCCAUAGGUUAAACAUUGUUGAACAACAACGCGUGCACAUUUGCAUAAAGCUCGUUCAACUCUUGUGAUUUUUGCACAUUACUUUUCCAAAUGUUUGUUGCUAUUGGUGGUCGAUGCCUUAUUUUGGGCAAGAGAAGAAACGUUUUUUGGUAGUUUAUAGUACCUUAUAAAUCUUUCAACGGCUUAUAAUCCGAUGAAUCUUCUUUUAAUUAUGUACAUGAAUUUACAAAUUUUAAACGACAGCCUCGAUUAUUUAAUUUCAGUUUUGUAUCUUAUUUUAGUUUUGUAGUUUAGCCUACAGUCUUCAUUUCUAUAUAAAAUAAUUUCUGUCAUACCACAGGCCGUAUAAGCCCCCGGCUUUGGCUUUACUGAGUUUGUACUUUAUGAGCGAUGGAAUAAUAAAGUAAAGUAAAGUAUUUAACAGGCUUCGCAACCGACAGCUAUAAAUGUGGCAAUGAUCUAACUUUUGCUAUGAAAAGGAGAAAACUUGAUAUAUUUCAUGCUAUUAUCCCUGGAGGUUAUCUGAGUACAUGACUUGAAGCUUGAAGAUUAAAGCGAUCGGUGACAGGAAAUCAUAAGGGCCUUGACUCGCGUAACCGCCAUCAAUACUACUGCCAUUUAUGAUUUAAUUCGGUCUCCGUUAACACCUCCUUGUAGUCGAUCACGAGUUAUUCCACCCACUAAUAAAAUAAAUUUAAAGAAUUUAAAAUCACUUCUCAUGUUUUAGAUAAAGUUUUCGUUUUCUCACCUGCAUCAAUAGCCCAGUUCUAGUUGUCUUUUCGUUUCACUUCUAAGAAGUACGAAUUUUACGUUUCGCAUAGUUCUCGGCUACAUUUGUAUUGUUCUACUUCGUUAUAUAUACGUUUCCGUUUUACUGUAACCGGUUAGUACUUCGUAGGUAAGGUUGGCCAUCUGUGCUCAAGCUGUAUCAUUGUCAUUCACGAUCACUUUUGCUAACGUUCGAUGAAAAAGUAAUAUUUUAAUAGUAAUAUGUUAAUAGUAUUUUAGUGGUUAAAACUAAUUUAUUCACAGAAUAGCUGCAAAAAUUAUACCGGUAUCUAACCAAAAGUGCAUACGGCAAGCAGAAAGCAAUGAAAUGUAUAUUGCUUUAAGGAAAGCGGAUCUGAGGCUUUAGAAUACGAUGAUGUCAUACAUAACAAAACGUAUGCCCCGCGUGAGGGAGUGCUAUCGUAUUUCAACCGUUUUGGUGUGGACGGGCGAAAAAGAUUUGAAUGGAAGCGAAUAUUUUUAGAAAACGGAAAAAAUUCUCCGUUUUGAAAAAUAUCCGGAUACGUAGGACGAGGUAACCAAAAGAGGGAUCUAUAAAAAAGUGAUGAGGAGGGGUGUGGGAGUUUCAGCCGUUUACCUGUAUAUGUUUUUGGGUUCGCUAUGUGACAUUGUUUUGUUUUUCUUAGCAAGUAUGUAUUUUUUUUCUGGCUGUAAGCAUGUUUUUUUGGAUCAAUUUAGGUUUCUGGGAAACUGCCCAACUACCCCUCCCCUAAGCCAUCAUUUUGUCCUAAGUGAGAAGAAAGUGUUAACGUUAGCUUAGGGGAGGGGUAGGUGUGUAGUUUCCCAGGAUUCUCUUCCCCGCUCAUUCACGUUUCUAAAUAGGAAAUUACUUAAUACAUUGAUAAAAAAAACACACCACAGGAUAGUGCUAUAGCUUUGAUAUGAAUAAUCACACUUAAGGAUUUGAUCCACAGUCGAAAACGUUAGGCCCACCUUGCUAUUGCCCUUGCACCGCCUAAUAAACAUCACCACAGGAAAGUAAUCCUCAGUAGCUUUCAUCUGUAUGGCCACACUUUAGAAUUACACCCACAGACUCAGAAUUAGAACCAUCUUGUACAGCAUAAUAAACAACACCCCAGGAAAAAUCUGCUCAGUAGCUUUUAUUUAAUAGUCACGGCUUUAGGAUUUCCUCCACAGAUUCAAAAGUUAGAACCAGUUUGUACAGCACUAUAAACAGUACCAGAGGAACGUUCUGCACAACGGAAACGCUUUACACGUUCUCACUAAGCUUGAUUCCUGGGUACAUUGCUCUGGUUCUGUCCCAGUAGUUCCGCUUCAGCUCAGAAUUGUCAUGAAUGAGAAAAGGCGAGACAUUUUCCGCAAAAAGAACAAACUUUGAUAGCUACUUUUACAACAGAUUUCACUAGGAUCCCAGUCGUAAAGAUUUAAAGAUUGCAGAGCGGGUGAAACAAACGCGCGCGCGGAGAAUCGCUUUCCGUGCGGGGACGCCCCUCCACCGCGCGCCGCGUCUCCCCGAGCGAGGUGAUUUUCUCAACGCUAGCGCGUUUCGUUUUCUCUUAUUGCACCAAGAGUAUCCAGAGACAAAUCGUACUUUCACAUGGGGUUUUUAAGCAAGCUAUACAGAAAGCUAAUCACAGGUGUGACGGGUUCUUCAAAAGGGAAACCUGCUUCGAGCUCGUUGAAAGGCAAAUUAGAAUUACCCCCUUUGAAAAACAAAAACAAAAAAUCGACAAAAAUCUUAAGAAACAACGCAAUAAAGAAGUCCUUUGGGGUUUCUCUAUUAUAUACAAAAUAUGUUACAUAUUUUAUCUCAUAUAGCUGGUUAGCCUAUUAGCACUUUGCUCUUUAAGCCGGGGGUGCGCUUUACCCCGUUGAUCAAAUAGAACACAACUCUUAUCUGACGUUCGGUAAAUGAAGCUUGUUGCAUGAGCUUAUUCUUCUUAUAUAAACUACGAGGUGAUGAUUUUUGCGAUGCGAAUAAUCACGAGGACAAUUUCGCUGAUGGUAACAGCAAAUGACGAUGACUGCGAUGAUGAUGAUGUGGAUUGUGACGAUAAUGAAGAUGAUGACGAUGAUGAUUAAGUUCACAUUUAUGAUAACGGUGAUGAUGAUGAUUGAUGAUGAUGAUGGUGUUUACAGAAAUGAUGACGAAGAUGAUUAUGUUAAUAAUAAUAAUGAUGAUAAUGACUACGUUAAUAAUUAUGAUGAUUAUGAUGGUCAUAGCGGCGAUAAUAGAUGA